ACAGAAAACACAUGGAUAUGUAUAAUGUAUAUUUUUAUUCCGCAAGACGCAGUAAACAUUUCACCGAGUUCCUCAAAACCCUCCCAGCUUUCUUCUUUACUUUGUAGUAGCUCUGAAUUGGUUAGUGAUCCCAAAAAAACAAAAAAGAAAAAAAAAAAAAGUAAAACUUUUUGGUUAACAUUUUCCUUUCGUUUGUUAUGGUUGAUAUAUAUUCCUUUGUUUUGUUGGUCAAUGUAAUUCCAUGGAUCUCAUAAAAGCUGAAUCGGAAGCAAAGAGGAGCAAUAAUAAUAUAUUAAGCGAGGAAUUGGAGAUUGAAAUCCUGGUGAGGCUUCCGGUGAUUUCUCUGUUGAGGUUCAAAUGCGUAUGCAAGUCGUGGCGCUCUAUCAUCAGGAGCCCCUUCUUCAUUCAAAAACACCUCCAGGUUUGCAACUCCACUAAUCCUUCUUAUCUCCUUCUCCAAAUUCGGUCUCCUUAUGAUUUUAAUCUUGAGUCGGUCUCUAUACUUUCUUAUGACAAUCCACUGGAUCCGAAACUCAUUCAAGCCGUACCUGCCUUACCCGGGUCAGAAACCGAGGGGUCUUGUAACGGUGUCUUUUGUCUGUAUAAUCGGGCAAAUGGCGAUGUGGUUCUUUGGAACCCUGCAACUAGAGAGACUAAGGUUGUUCCACAUUCCCACAUCCAGCGGAAUAAUAGGUCUGAUUUUGAGUCGGAGGCUGUCGGAUUCUGUUUCGAUGUCAAAACUGUAAUGAUUACGUACAGAGUAGUCAUGAUUCAUGCUUGCACUGAAAAUGGUCCUAUGAGCUUCCAGCUUGAGGUCUGUAGUCUAAGCACCAAUUCUUGGAGAUUGGUUCCAGGAAUUCAAAGUAUGGAUUUAAGGUUGUGGGCAUCUGGUUUAUAUAAACCCAAAGUGACGAAGAUGAAGAAAUCCAAAGCCAUCAAGGACACAAUGACGACGACGAUAAUGGAUAUGUGAGAGGACUUGUUGGCUGAAAUCCUAGCAUGGCUUCCGGUGUUUUCCCUGCUGCGAUGCAAGGCAGUGUGCAGAUCAUGGUUCACUCUUAUCAAUAACACCACCUUCAUUGCCAAACACCUCCAGGUAUCCAACUCCACCAAUCCUAAUAUCCUCACCAAAUCACCUGACUACUAUUAUGUUGCUUCUCUUAUAACACUGCAACUUGUUCGAAACCCUUUACCCAAUAUUCAGUUUCCCCUCCCGCAUUUGAUUGGAUCUGGUAAUAUUCAGUUUUCCCUCCCACAUUUGAUUGGAUCUAGUAAUGGUCUUGUCUGCUUAUUUGAUCGUGGAAAACGUGUUAUUUGGAAUCCUGCAACCAGGGAAACCAAGGUGAUGCCACCUUGCUCUGUUCAGAAAAGUACUGCUCAAGCACCUGCAUUUGGUUUUGAUAACAUUAACAAUGACUAUAAGGUCUUUGUGAUUCACUUAUUUGGUAAUGAUUAUUACCCUGAGCCUGUGUGGUUCAAGCUUGAGGUCUACAGCCUGAGAAGUGAUUCUUGGAAUUUGAUUACUGGAAGUGGUGAGUUGCAGAUUGAUUUGUUCUAUAUCGAUGAAAGGGUUGGAGUGUACAACAAUGGAGUCUUUUCGUGGGUGGCAUUUGCUCAUAAAAAAGAUCCGCGGAGUGAAUAUGGUAUAUCAUGGAAACAUUCAAUAAUUUCAUUUGACAUCAACACCCAGGUGAUCACGAGCACGCCCUUGCCAAGUGAUAUUGGCGUUCAUGAGCCUAUGCUAUAUUAUUAAUUAUAUCGGGGUUUUAGAUGGAGUCGUUUCUGUUCUUAAUGACAUGCGUCAGCCCGAGGGCGAGGAACAUUUUGAGCGAUAUUUUGAUUUUUGGAGGUUGCAUGAAAUUGGCAAUGAGGGGUCAUGGGAAAAAUAUUGGUCACUAAAUUCACUCCUUCAAUGGUGGACAACUACAUGGAUAUAUUGGAAUGACAAUUUGGUGUUCAAGAGGCGAAAUGAUGGUAAGCGUUUCGGGCUGCUACUGACGAAGAGAUUGUUAUUGAAAGUCCCAGAUACCUCUCAAUCCACUCUGUUCUAUACAGUGAGAGCCUGGUUAAAAUCAACUAGGCAACAAUUUAGGAAAAAAAAAUAGCAACGGGGAUUCUUACUAUUUUGGUGACUUUAAAAUCUUUUUAGCUGGUUUUGUCUCUGUAGUUAAGUAAUUGACCAUAUGAAACUUCAAGAACUUUUAAACUCAAGCAAUGUAUGUUUGGUUGCUCAUUAAGCAGCACUUCACCUUGUUAAUGUGCCAUCUGCCCAAAAGUAAAUUAUAUUGUGAUCAUUUGCAAAGCUUAUUUUUAUGUCUAUACAUGUCUAA